CCGGGAUUAAUCCGAGCUAUUCAAUUGUAUUUAUAUAUGGGGUAAACACAGUAGUUUAAGGAUAAUAUGUAAUUUGCCCCGUAUAAUUAGUCAUGUAUGAUAACCUGUGACGUAAACGUCCAGUCUUGACUCAGUUGACCAGAAAGUUGGACGAAUACGCCAUGAAUUGUGUAAAAUAAUUUAAAAUGAAAGUUAUUAUCUUUCUAUUGUGUUGUGUGUGCGGAAAUUAUGGUGAAAAUGUGACCACAGUUCAUUUCGACAUUAGAAUAAGCGAUGACACAGCGCAUUGUAACCCAGAAGUAAUAAACGGAAACGGAACUAGAAGAGCUCGCCAAGUGGUCGUAGAAACGGGUAAAAACAUUAUAUUGAAUGCUGGCUUGCAGGCAAUUUAUGGUCACAUCGAAAGAGCUAAUUGCUCAUAUAACAAUGGUUCAGGACCUUAUGAUUUGGCUGAUGAAUAUGACAUACAGCAACAUAAUGAGGCUUGGUUUGAGGAACAUGAAGUAACUAAAUCGAUGUAUGGAAAAUGGAGUUGCAGGCUACGUUUUAACCAUGACACACAUCAUAAUAUUAACCGUGUGGACAGCGAAGGAUACACUUAUGUUCUUUGCAGUAUCACCGUGAAAAACCUUGAUUCAGAUGUAUCUACAACGCCAUCUCCAGCCGCCUUAGAGAACAAAUCAGUCAUGGAUAUCAAUAAUCCUAACUUAUGGUACAUCAUCGGAGGAGUGGGUAUCGUCGUGCUUUUGAUCAUUAUCGGACAGACUAUAGCUUUGUGCUACUUCAGAAAAAAAGCACAACCGCAACGCAGGAUGGACAAGAUGACACCCAGCAGUACAUUUGACAGAGGUGACCGAGCAAGAUACAGCGCGCCACCAUGCAAGAAGAGCAAAGAACCACUCCCAGAGUGUGACAGAGACAGCCAUAUCUACGAGUUGGUGGUUGUCAACGGGAACUAUAACAAGGCCUGUGAGCUGGCAGCAGCAGUUGAAAGCGAAGCAAGCGUACGGAGCAUCAGAGACCGACCUCCGUUACCCCUACCACAUGAAAUGGAACCCGCCGAAACUAUUCCACGUAAAAAGCAGUCGCGCAUGGCGUCCAUGGCUACGAAUUUGAGGCUUUCUAUCACGGGCUCCAGCAAUCUGAGAAGUAAGAAGAAGCUGCCCCCACCGCCUGCACAGAGCUCUAAAAAAGCACCGGCCCGUCCACCGAAGCAGAUAGACGAGGCAAGCCUUCCUGGGUCCCUGAAGCGACCAGCGAAACCCGCGCCCGCUUCCGCACCCGCUUCCGCACCCGCUGCUUCUUCCGCCUUUAAGCCCAGCACCAUACCUAAGAAUACUGCUACUGAGUCUCCAAUGUCAGAAUUGAAAAACGUUUUCAAGAACAGGAACAUCGGAAUAGAUACAGCAACAUCUUCCCCGAACGCCGCAAUAGAAAAGAAAAAUCCACCGAAGGUCCAAACAAAACCAGUUCAGCCAAAACAACCACUAAUCGCCUCCAAACCCAUUCAACCAAAUCAAAUGAAACUAAUUCUACCAAAGAUAGAAGCGAGUUUAAAAACUCCUAAACCUAUAAACACUACUAUAUCACCACAGAAACCUUCUUUAGUGAAAAAACCGCAGCCAACAGUGUCGAACGCUUCACAAAAUUCAAAAUGGCCCCCUGUUUUAACAGAAACACAACAGGCGCCAAAGUUGGUCCCUGCGAAACAAGUCCAAAAGUCGAUUCAGAAACGGCCGUUACCAAAACCUGAUGCAAGGCCGUUACCGCCGGAUCCAGUUCUAGAGGAUGAUGAUGAUGACGAUAUGCCAAUAUAUCAACUAGCUGACGAAGAUGACACACCAGAUGCGGAAGAUGAUGAAGAAUGGACAUACGAACCACUAGAACAAUACAACAUAUACAAUAUGUAGACUACAAUUAUAGUCAAAAUAAUAAUAGGAUUCAUUUGUACUUACUAUAGUAUUUCGGGUGUGGCCGUCAACUUAUGAUUUAUAUGUAAUUAUUGUGUCUUUGCCUAAGAUUUAUUUUAAUAAGCUACACUGUGGCAAAGACUUUCUUAAGGGAGGGAGGGGGCUGUCGCUUGGACAGCCUUCUCAACUAUUAUUACUGGUAGAGAAUGCCUUAUGGCAUAAAGUCUGCCAUUUAUACUUAUAAUAUUGCAAUAUUAUGUGCAAUGAAUUUUUAAAAAAAUAGUGAUCUGAUCAUUUUGUAGAAGUCAUAUUUUAGAAUACAUGGCCAAUUCAUUUUCUUUUUGGUGAUGGAGAAAGUGAUUUAAUUAGGCUAAUAUCGAACCCGAUAGGUUUGUUCAAUAAUUAUUAAAUAACUACUGUAAAAAUUCUUAAUCACAGUAACUCAGUGGACCUUGAUUGUCUCCCGGUUUUACCACUGUGUUACAUUUUUA